CAUCACCAUUAACAAAGGCAUCGGAGCAAACAAACAAAGCCGCUUGGAAAUAGAAAACUGAUUUCAGAUCUCCAUUUUGGAUAAAACCCUUGUGUUUCCCUUCUUGACUCAUCCUGAAAUAAUUGGGGAAGGAAGAAGAAUGAUCAGCAUGGCUGUUGCCUUCUCUCACUCCAAUAUCAUCAUUCCCAGAAGCCAAACUGAGAAGAUCAGGAGAAGAUCUUGCUUGUGCCGCCACCACCACCACCACCACCACCACAACAACAACACGUCUGAAGCAUCGGUUUCAGUCAAUAAAUUUAGCAGCAGAGGUGCCAAGGUUUAUGAGGAUCAAGAAACGGGUGUCAUAUGCUUCAGAGAUGAUAAGGGAGAAAUAGUCUGUGAAGGAUUCGACGAAGGACCGCGGUUCGAUCAACCCAUUUUGAAGCGAAGCAGGAGGAAUAGGGAGCUUCAGAGCAUUCCAAGCUUCCUUCAAAUAUUGAUGGCUGAAGAAAAGUAUCAAUAGAAUGAAUGGUAGAGAUUCUGAAGAACCAUUGAAUGAUGGAAAGACCUUCUGAUUUGGUGAGCAACAUAAAAUUCUCCCUCGUUUGGUUAAAUAGAAAAUUCAUUGUUUUAGUCAAUAAUUAAGAAAAUUCAAGUUGAAGCCUAACCUUGUUUUGUAAAGUUUGACAGAGAACAAUUCUUCAACCUUUAAGACCAACUUUUCCUGGUCUUCAAAGUCAAACUUUGAUCCUUCAAGAAGUUGCUGAUUUGAGACGGAAUCGAUUGUUCUAACUUUUUAUUUAAUAUAUUCGAAAUCAUCAAUGUUUAUUUAAUAUAUUUCUUUCAUUUUGCAAAAUAUUUCUGCAUAGGCUCCUCUUCAGGCAU